AUGUAUCACCAAAGCAGAAAGCGUCCAACAAGUGACCCAUAUCAUGAUCGAUUGAGGAAAAAGAUUAGCAAGUUGGGCCCACUGCCAAUCACAGCAGAGAAACCAUUCUUUCAACGUGACAUCAAGGGACAUUAUGGAUGUGUGAAUUCGGUCGAAUUCAGUCACAAUCAAGAUUUUCUCGCCAGUGGUGGGGAUGACCAACGAGUCCUUUUAUGGAGUGUCUCAGAUAUGCUCGCCGACGCAAAUCCAAAACCGAUAGCUGAGAUGGACGCAAAGCAUUUGACGAACAUUUUUGCCUAUUCUUUUUCAAAUGAUGAUAAAUCAUUGUUUUCUGGUGGAAAUGAUGGGUUUGCGAUGCUUCACAAUUUGGAAACAAAUCAAAGGAUUCGUGCCUGGUAUUCGUACGGACCUGUCUUCAAUCUGUGCUGCAGUCCGAUUGAUGUCAAUUUGGUAACAGCUGCUCGUGACUGUGGAGAAGUUGCAUUUUACGAUUUGAGGUCCAAAGAAAACGAAAACAAUGCUUCAAUCAAGAUGAAAUCAUCAGCCACCAGUGUGUACAGUGGUCAAUUCAAUCCAGAUACACCACAUGUUUUUGCUGUCUGUUCAGAUAAUGAAGGAUUGUGUCUUUAUGAUACGCGUUUUCUUGACAAAAAAAUGCUCGAUCUCCAAAGAAUGGCCGCCUCGUGCAUGUAUGGCGAGUUCAAUUCAUCGGGACAGCGAAUGGCCAUCAACCGUUUCAGAGAAUCUCCUAUCGUUGUUGAUUUACUGAACAAUAGCAUGAUUCGACUGAAGGAUGAGCGAUAUGAAAGUAGUCAAACUAUCAAAUCGAUUCAUUUUGCCGAUGAUGACACUGUGAUGAUUGGGAGCGACAACUUUGACAUCUAUGCAUGGAAAAUACCCGUAAAACCUCAAAAAUCUCGUGGAACCGUGAAUGGCAUUGAGGUUUUCGAAGUUAUUGAAGAAGCGACGGCAAUUUUGAAAGGACAUCGUUCAAUUGUGAAUCAUGUUCGAUACAACAGCAAGUUACAUGUUCUAGCAAGUUGUGGAGUAGAGAAAAUCGUUAAAUUAUGGUCACCACUGGAAAUGCGCGAGUCGACGCUGACGCCGAACCUUCGUCCAAUUACACCUCGUCACAAUCACAACGGAAUUAUGUUGAUGGAUCUCAUACAAGACGUUCAAGAGGAAAAUGAGAACAAUAUAGAAGAAGAUUUAGAAAUGCUGCGUCAUUUUGAUAGAUUAAUUCUGCGUGCUCGAAUUGGUUCAAAUGACAAUACAUACGAAACGAGCGAUGAUGAUGAUAGUUCACGAGAAUAUCUUCACGAUUACAACAUGGGAUACAGUGAAGACACGAGCUCGAGCAAUGAAAAUAAUGAUGGAGAUGAAGAAGUCGGAGUUGAAGAUGGAGAUGGAGAUGGGGAAGCAGAAGCAGAAGAAAGAGGCUUCAUUAGACGCCUCAACUCACCGUCGGCAAUCGCCAACCGACAUGUUCGGUAUUGGGAUGUGGUUGAAGAUGAACAGGAGGCUCAAUCUUCGCAGAGACAUACAGAUGCUAAAAAUGGAAACGAACUCGAAACUCCUGCUGAGAGUCAAGAUGAUGAGGAGCAUAAAAUCGCUGGACAAAGUCAAACAAAGGAAGCGGUGAACACUGCAACGGAAAGUGAGGAAGCUAAUCACUCGAACAAUAGGACGCGUGAAUGGAUUGCUAAUUGGCCACCAGAGACAACAUCGCCAACUCUGGAAAGAAUGCAAAAUGAUUUACGGGCAGUUCUGAAUGAUCUUCGUUCACAUUUGAAUCGCUUUGAGUCUGAAGAAACACAAGCAGAAAUUGAAGAAGACAAG